AUGGAUCCCUUACUCGAUGCAUAUCAGCAGCAUAGACGUUCAAACAACAACCCAACUUUGAUGCCUUGCAACAUCAAUAACAACAGUUGUGGUGAAAAUAGGAUCUUCUUUGAGACAUUUUUUACUGGUUGGCUAAUUAGGCAAAAAAACUACCUUGACAAGCUCAUGUCUGCUCGAAAGAACAGCCAAAAUAUUUCCGAGAUGGAAUUAAGAUCAUUAGUCUUUCAAAUUAUCACUCAUUACCAACAGUACUACGCCGCCAAAGUCACAGCUGCUCGCAAAGAUGUGUUCGUGAUGUUCGCACCCCCGUGGUUCAGCUCGUAUGAACGUACGUAUCUAUGGAUAACCGGGUUCAAACCAAGUUUAGCUUUCAGUAUACUAGAUAAGUCUGUUGUUAAUCAAGAUGAGCUCACUGAUGAGCAACUUGAGGCGUUGUGUCGCUUGAGGGUGCAGACGAAAACGGCGGAGAGAGAACUAAACAAUGAGAUGGCAAGAGUUCAAGAGAGCUUGGCCUUGCCACCUUUGGUAAAUAUAGUAUCGAGGGUUAAUCCUGCUGGAAGACGUGUUGACGGCGGUGAGACGGUAGAUGCUGCGAUGAAGGCCCUGACAAAGGAUAUGGAAAUUCUAGUGGAAAGUGCUGAUUUCCUUAGAAUGACGACAGCGAUGAAGAUUGUUAACAUACUGAGUCCAGAUCAGAGUGUGAAGUUUUUAGCUGCUGCUACUCAACUUCAAGUUAACAUUCGUACGUAUGCUGGGUUUGCAAAGAGAUGCAGAGAGAGGCGGCCGAAGUAUCACGGGGAGUGA